AUGCGCGUCCUCCCAACCCCCACCACCGCGCUCCGCGCCUCCCGAUCUCUCACAUGCAGCGCCAGCGCCUGUGCACGCUCAUCAUCCGCUCGUCCAUUCUCAGCAUCUGCGAGCUCGGCAUCCGCUGCAAAGGCAGGACAUGCGGACGCACACGAACACGAACAUGAGCAUCACCACGAGGAACCGUAUGAUCCGCCUACUGGAUGGCUGUUCGGUGUGAAGCCGGGCGAGAAGGCGCCUGUGGAGGGGUGGGAGAAUAUUUGGGUGUAUGGGUUUUUCGGGAGUUUGGCGGCGGGGGCUGUGGGGUAUGCUUUUAAGCCUGAUACUUCGAUACAAACCUGGGCACUUGAAGAAGCGAGACGGCGGUUAGAGGUUGAGGGCAUCUUGGCGGAGCCGGAGGAUAAGUCGUAG